AUGGAUCCGGCAAUCUGGAGCCGGCUCCCGGAGGAGAUUCUCGACCACAUACUCUCCUUACUACCGCUCAAAACCUUCAUGAACCUCCGAUCCACUUGCAAGCGCUUCGAUUCCCUCAUCUUCUCCCCUUCCUUCAUUUCCAAACACUCCUCCGCCGCCGGCGCCGCCGCUUCUCCGCCUUCCCUCCUCUUACUCUCCCACCCUCACUUCCCUUCCAGAGUCGGCGUUUACGACGCCGCCACCGCCUCCUGGCGCUCCAUCCACCUCUCCCUCUCCUCCGCCUCCACCUCCCCACGCGCGGCCGCCACGCUCCUCUCCUCCUCCAACGGCCUGUUCUGCCUCCGCAACUCCUCCUCCCUCCUAAUCUCCAAUUUCCUCACCAAAUCCUCCCGCCCAAUCCAUUUCCCUACCUUCCCCUUCGAUUUCGACUCCCUAACCCUAAUUUCCACCGAAUCGGGAUACAGCAUCUUCGCCCACUGCUCCAGGUCCUCCUUCGUCUACUCCUCCGCCGCCCAAUCCUGGUCCCAAUUCGACGGAUUCUCCCCGGCGCUGUCCGAGAGCUGCCGCCAGGAAGGGGUUUUCUUCCGCGGCUCCCUCUACUUCACCACGCAGGAGCCGAUUCAGAUCGUUCGAUUCGAUGUCCGUACAGGGGAAUGGGGAUCCAUGGAGACCGAGCUUCCGGCAGGGAUCAGCUUCGCGAGGCUGGUGAGCGACGGGGAGAGGAAGCUGUACUUGGUGGGCGGAGUCGGGAACAACGGGAUCUCGAAGACGGUGAAGCUGUGGGAAUUGGACGGCGGCGGGGAUUGGGUCGAGAUUGAGAGGCUGCCGGAGAUGAUGUGCCGGAAGUUUGUGUCGGUUUGCUACCACAAUUACGAGCAUGUGUACUGUUUCUGGCACCAAGGGAUGAUCUGUAUCUGCUGCUAUACUUGGCCGGAGAUACUGUAUUACAAGGUGGGGAGGAGGACGUGGCAUUGGCUGCCAAAGUGCCCGUCGCUGCCGGAGAAAUGGAGCUGUGGGUUCAAGUGGUUCUCCUUUGUUCCUCAGCUCUACGCCUUGGUUUAG